UUUUUUUUUCUUCAAUAUUGUGACGUGGUACCCGGCCCAGCUUGGGACCCGUUACAAAUUGUGGGGGCUCGUCCGGGAUCAGCGCCGCCUUCCGGUUGGAAUGCUGAUCCAGUGAUACCAGAACCACGAGACCACGGUGACCAGUCGUGACAGGCCAGCAAUCAGCCAGUGGGUGUCCAGGAGCAGAGAUAAGACAAAAGAUCUCGCCAGGGAGCCGCACAGCUGAAGUGGAGAGGCACAGCACAUCAGUCACCAAGGAUCAACGCUGCUGGUUCGUCACACCAGUAGUUACCCCCAACAAGAAUUCGACUCAUCAUCAGAACCACACACCAUGUCCCGGCAACGGGAAGAGGUGGUGUGGAACAUCAAGAAGAACUUGUUUCGACUAUCAAGUGCCCACCUCUACGAGGUUGCGAGGGACCUCGUAUCUGGCAAUGAAAUCGACCAACUUAGUCCAGCUGAUGAGGAAGGAUGCCUGGACUACGUCAUCGCCUACAUGCAGUCUGAAGACCUUCUGAGAAGCGAGGAUGAAGGUUUGAGCACACUGCUGAUGCUGAAUGAUUUCAUCUGCAAGAUAUUAGAUACAGAGUCCCCCGCUGCCGCCACGCCACAUGCCGUGUUCAGUGCCAGCUCCAAACCUUCUCCUUCAGUCCACACAUUGACGCCACCCAAUCCCCAUUCCAACCCCCCCAACAAUGCAACCACCCAGCCAGGAGAGGAACUGACGAGAAUGUAUGAGGAGCUGGGUAAGAAACUGAGACUAUUAGAAGCUGCGGCUGCCACCCCCGCCCCUACACACAACCACCACGGUGGGACAGUGUCAACGCCUCCUCCACAGACCACCCCGGAGAGGAUGAUUCCCCUGAAAGACCUCCCCUUUCUCCAGCGCAGAGAGUUCAAGGUCCAUGGAGGCCAAAUUGGAGACCAGAGCUCAGAGAUCAGCUAUAACAGCAUCAGUAAACAGAUCGACGAGGGACUGAAAGACGGCUUCCCGGAGACAGAAGUGGUCCGGGGUGUGCUGAGAAUCAUCAAACCGGGUACAUUCAAGGACAUGCUGUCGAAUAAGGAUGAGCUUGCUGUUCCCGAACUCAAGGUCUUCCUCAGGUCUCAUCUUGGGGAGAAGGCAACCACGGAGAUGUUUCAGGAGCUGAUGUGUGCCCGACAAGCUGAACAAGAGUCACCCCAGCAGUUCCUGUACCGCAUGAUCGGACUCAAGCAGAGGCUCUUUUUCCAGUCAAAGCAGGCCGACACGGACAUUUCUUAUGACCCUAAGACCAUCCAAGGGGUCUUCCUCAACACGAUCUAUCAGGGCCUGGGAGCGAAACAUGCCGACCUUCGACAGAGACUGAGACCCCUUGUCUCCAACAGCCAAGUCACAGAUGAGGAGAUCCUCGGUCAAAUGACUAAAAUGAUCAGCGACGAGAAUGAACAUCAACGCAGACUCAGCCAGCCUCCCCGCCAGAAGAGCACACAGGCCCACACUGCCAAGGUGGAGACAGGAGGUGGACAGACGGAUGACAAACUGAGACACACCAUCAUUGCGGACGACAAAAACCACCAGACCAUCCAACAGCUCAGUGCGCAGGUGGAGACCCUGACACAGAUGGUGGCCGCACUAAUGGAUGCUAAGAACCCAAAGCCAGCGAGACACUGAAGACUCAUCU